AAGGCGGCGGGGCGCGAGACUACAUCCCCCAGGCUGCCGCGCGGGGCGCCGCGCCCCGCCCCGUGCCGCUGUACCUCAGCGCGGCGCUGCCGGCGGUCGCAGUCGCGUCGUAGAGGUGACCUCGAGGUUGCCGGGCCCGCCGCUCCCAGCCAUGGGUGAACCUAUCAGAGUCCUGGUGACUGGUGCCGCUGGGCAGAUUGCUUACUCGCUGCUCUACAGUAUUGCCAAGGGAGAUGUCUUUGGCAAAGAACAGCCGCUUGUGCUCGUGCUGCUGGAUAUCACCCCCAUGAUGACUGUUCUGGAAGGUGUAGUGAUGGAGCUGCAAGACUGUGCCCUGCCGCUGCUGAGAGAGGUCAUUCCAACAGACAAGGAGGAAGUUGCAUUCAAAGACCUUGACAUAGCAAUUCUGGUUGGCUCCAUGCCAAGGAGAGAGGGCAUGGAGAGGAAGGAUUUACUCAAAGCAAAUGUGAAAAUUUUCAAGUCUCAGGGUGCAGCUUUGGACAAGUAUGCCAAAAAGACUGUCAAGGUUGUGGUUGUUGGGAAUCCAGCAAAUACCAACUGCCUGAUUGCAUCGAAGUCAGCCCCGUCAAUACCAAAGGAGAACUUCAGCUGCUUGACUCGCUUGGAUCACAACAGAGCUAAAUCUCAGAUCGCUCUCAAACUUGGUGUGACUUCUAAUGAUGUGAAGAAUGUCAUCAUCUGGGGCAACCACUCCUCCACUCAAUAUCCAGAUGUUAACCAUGCGAAGGUAAAUGUGAAAGGGAAGGAAGUUGGAGUUUAUGAAGCGAUAAAAGAUGACAGCUGGCUGAAGGGAGACUUUAUCCUGACUGUUCAGCAACGUGGAGCAGCCGUUAUAAAGGCUAGGAAGCUGUCCAGUGCAAUGUCAGCUGCCAAAGCUAUCUGUGAUCAUGUGAGGGACAUCUGGUUUGGCACUCCAGCGGGAGAAUUUGUUUCUAUGGGAGUCAUUUCUGAUGGCAAUUCUUAUGGUGUUCCUGAGGACUUGCUAUACUCAUUCCCUGUUGUGAUCAAGGACAAGACCUGGAAGUUUGUUGAAGGUCUUCCUAUUAAUGAUUUUUCUCGUGAGAAGAUGGAUCUGACUGCUAAGGAGUUAACUGAAGAGAAGGAGACUGCUGUGGAAUUCCUCUCUAGUGCAUGACUAGCUGAUCCAGAAAUACAAGGUCACUUGACAGUGGCAGAAUCUAAAAGUCGUCUCUAAGUCUGCUACCAACACUAUUACUGUAUUCAAGUCAACUGUCUGUGGCAAUUGUGCAUUUUAAGGUUCAUAUGCUCACUGGUACUAUUGUGCCUAUUGAGUUCUUAGCGAAAAAGGUUAAAUAAGUGAAACUAGUUUGUUGACCAAACUUUGUCUGUUCAAUACUAGUUGCUUUCUGUGUAUGAUAAAAUAAUUGAGUAAUUGUUUGCCUCUGCCUUGGCUAGUGACGCACAACUUCAGUUUUGAUUAGAAUCUGGCACUAUCGGAACACAUCCUGGUCUAUCAUCACUUCAGCAUCCUGUGGCUCAACUGGGAAGGAAAUUAAAAUGCCAAUAGUUCUCCUUGAACUGGUAGUUCAGUGACAAGUCUAUUACUGGACAGACUCCAAAUACAUACUGUUCACUCUGGUCAUGCUUACGAUGUUUGUCAAUAAAAAUAUUAAAAGACGCUUAAUCAAAUAA